UCUGAUCUUCGUCAGACGCGACGCGUCCGCGAUCACGUACGGUGCACUACGUGAGAAGGAAGAAGGUUCGUACGUUCGUUCAGUCAUUUCGGACGUGAGAACGAAGAGAGGCUUGUCGUCGGUCGAGCACUGCCACUGUAAAUUUUCUCAUUCAUCUUCGAACUACAUUCCUUUUAUCAUUGUUCGAUUCUUUAAGUGGGUUUCGCAAUAGAAAAAAAAGAAAAAAAAAAUUGAUUAAUUGGUAGGACCUGCCGCGUGUGAACUUUCCAUGCAGCGAGGGUGGAGGCAACACGUCCGAAGUGACUGACUGCAACGUGAUUGACUGAAACACAUGGUCCGGUGAUCGUGAUCAUGAUUGCAAACCGUCUCGCACCGAUUCUCACCCUUAUCCUUGUGGUUCUGCUGUCGUCUAUCCACCACGGUGAGGCAAUAAUAUGCUACCAAUGCAACAGCGAAUACGAUCCAAGAUGUGGAGAUCCAUUCGAUCCGUACAGUCUUGGAACGGUGAAUUGCAGUUUUCAACCACGUUUAGAACAUUUGAGCCAUUUGGAACCAACAUUGUGUCGAAAAAUCAGCCAAAAAGUGUACGGCAAGAUCAGGGUUGUCAGAGGUUGCGGAUACAUUACGGACGAAAAAGACAAUGGCAUGUGCUUGAAGAGAUCAGGUACUCACGAUGUUCAGGCACUCUACUGCUCAUGCACCGGUGAUCUAUGCAACUCGGCUGAAAGCCGCACGCCGUCCUUCUUACUGCCGUUAACAUCACUGUUGACGGUCGUCCUGGCAUUGCCGAGUGUGCUUCUUUCGUAUCCGUUCGCAAUAUCCAUCUUUACCUCGCCGCAUUUCUCCAUAGCCUAAACUCUUCGGUAACCAAUGGAGAACACCUGACGCCUAAACCGAACCAACGAUUUAAUAGAGAUCGUUCGAACCUGAUCCAACUCGGUCUCUUUCGAUUUCCGCCUUCGCUCUCGAUUUCAUCGAAAUUUUUAUCAAAUCUCUAAACACGAAAAUAUAUGGAUUACCUUUGUUUAAAUAUAUUCUCUACUGUACCUAAUAAAUGCAGAAUUACCUGCAGAACGAUUCGCGAAUCAAAAUUGGCGGAAAUCGAAACUGUUGACAAGUUGGUUGAAAUUACAGCUAUUGUCACACUUGUUAUUUUUAAAAUGAGACGCUUCAUCAAAAGGGUAAAAAAAUACAAAGAUAUACCGUUUUGGGAUUCGAACGUUUCGCAAAAAAGAAAAAAAAUAGUCAAAUUACAAAAAUAGUAGUUCCAACGGUGAUACAAACUGCCAGAUACGCGGAAAGCGUAUUUCAGUAGUACACUUGAAAAGAAUUAUGAUGAGAAAACACACGUACACACACACACACGGCCUCCGCGCGUGAAACCACCCAGCGUUUCUCGCAUAAGCGUAGAAAGUAAAAAUAAUAAUUACAAUACCUGUGGAGGAUAAAUAAACCUCGAGAAUGCAUAUAAUAUAUUAUAGAUAUAUAAAGUAAGCUGCUAUAAAACAGAUGAGAUAUAAUACAAAUAUAUUAUAUUUUAUUCGAAGGAAGCAGAAAUGGAAUUGCACGCAAGAUGGAUACUACAGCUUAUUUUUUAGAGAAGUAACGUCGGGUUGCUUUCGUGAAUGCCUGGUAUUGUAUAGAAUUUUAAUGCUGACGCGGAAGUUACGGAGAAAAAGAAAAAAAAAAAAAAAAUAAAUGAAACACAUAUCAUCGAUACGUAAUAUAUUUUACCCUUCGUUUCGAUGAAGAUGAUAACGAUACCAAAGUACAUAUCUGGCAUUGCGAUCGCGACUCGUGUUCCACUAAUUUUUGCAAUAAAAUGCUGUAUAAAAAACGGUAGCGGAGGCUCGCGAAUGGAAAAUAAUAAUUGACUUGUGCAUGUGUGUGUGUAUGCACGGCUGCGUGUAUGUUGCGUGUACGUGUAUGCGCGUUAAAGAGAGAAAAAGGAAAACGCUAAAUUAUACAGAUAGUUCGAUUAAGAAAUGAAAUGUUGCUACUUAAGGUGAUACUUGUUAAAAGUAUCUCGGUUCAUACUUGGAAACAUUUUUCUAAGUAUCAUCUUAACAAUCCUGGCCGUGAAAGCCUCAAGAAUCUUAUGUUGCUACUCGUUGAACCGUAGCCAACUAAAGAUAUAACAGUAAAAAACAUAAAUUAAAAAAGAAAAAAAUAACAAAAAUGAUAC